AUGUGGAGUCUUCAACUUCAACCCCCCCAGCGAAAACUCAGACUGUCUCUUAGCACUUCAGAAUCUACCAGAACCAGAACGGAAAGAGAACCCAAACAGAAAUCCAUGUCAAGCCACCUCGACUCAAAACCAGGAGCCCAUCAUCAGAAUGUCAAGCAAGAGCCAAUCGCCGGCUCAUCCAGAUCAACUGGCCAUCCAAACCGAGAACCAAGCGAGCUGCAAUCGAUCCUGUCAAAACAACUGGGGCCGGAGUUCCUCUCGAGCCGACCAGGCGCGGGAGGGAGCAAGCUGACGUACAUCGAAGGAUGGCGAGUGAUUGCAUUGGCGAAUGAGAUCUUCGGGUAUGACGGAUGGUCCUCAGAGACCAAAUCGAUCGAAGUCGACUUUGUCGACCAGACCUCCGAAGGAAGAUUCAACGUCGGCGUCUCCGCUACCGUCAAAAUCUCGCUCAGAAACGGCGGCUCCCAUGAGGAUGUCGGGUACGGUAAACUCGAAAACUCGAGGAGCAAGGCCGACGCCCUCGAUAAAUGCAAGAAGGAGGCCGUCACUGACGCCCUCAAACGCACCCUUAGAACCUUCGGUAAUCUCAUGGGUAACUGUUUGUAUGAUAAAACUUAUCUCAAUAAUGUCAAAACUAUGCAAGCACAAAAGGAGAAAUUCAUGCCUUCGAAGCUUUAUCGACCCGACCAUGUAACCAAUACCAGUCGACUAUCGAAUAUCCAAGCAGAGACGAAGUCAUUCAAGGAGACAGUAUCGACAUCCGAAGAAGAAGAGAAAGUGAUCCAGAAGCCUACUACUACUACUACUAUUACCACUACUCGUCCCGCACCCGCACCAUUGCUCAACAAACCGAGCCCUCAAACGCUCGCUUCCAAACAACCAACAACUGCACAAUUUGUAUCCAAACCAUCAGCCAUCCGUCACUUCCCCUCCAAACCAGCAGUCGCUCCUCCUCCUCGACCUAUCCUCCUCCACACUGAAGCCGAAAAAAACAAGAACACCCGCAUCAGCCCUCCUGUUCCUGUCCCGCAACUGACGACUUCCAAACGAAAGUUCCAAGAAGAAGAAGCAGCAGUCGGAAAACAACGAGAGGAAGAUGAGGAGGAAGAAGAUGAGGAGGAAGAAGAUGAGCCAACGAUGAAUGAGGAAGAAGAAGAAGGAGAAGAGACCAGUCUAGCGCCCCCGCCGGCGACGCUUUCGGACAAAUACUUCGAGUUUGACGAGGCCGAGUUAGCCGAGCUAGCGCAAGCAGAGUCGAGCUGCGGAAUUGGAGGAAAAGGAGGAGGAGGCUCGCCGGACGAGAGCGGGUUGAUUACGGAUACCAGUCUCGUGACAACCGAUGGCGACACGACGACUAGUAAUACCACCAUUCUCGGCGACGACAGACAUCUUCCGUCCAAAGGGGCUGUCCAACCCAAGCCCUUAUCUUCCAAUCCUACUCGUCCUCCUCCUCCUCCUGCUCGUCUUGGCAAUAAUGGGGUCGGGAAAGUCGCCUCGGCCGGCCAGCUUCCCGCCAUCAAGUCGAAUGUACCCUCUGUUCAGUCUUCGAUUCGCUACCCUUCCGGCCCCCAUCCUCCGCGCAAACCUUCCCUGCUCAAUCCGCAGCCUCAUCAGCUUCAGCUACAGCAACACAAACAUCCGCAACAAUUGUAUCACCAUCAGCACCAGGUCAAUCGGACCGUCAAGAAGGUCCGGACUUCUAAUGACUGAGCCUCCCCCCCAUCAUCCCCUCGUUUUUUCUUCUUACAUCAUCUGUCCUUUUUAAGUUGUCGGACAUUGUCGGCUUGGCUUUC